AUGUUCAAAGAACGAAAGGAAUUCGCGCUAGGAUUUUUAAUGAGCGAUUCAAAGAGUGUCAAAGUGGAUCCGAUUAAGUCCGGCGGUCGUACUGAUCAGGAAUUGAUGGCGCAUUUAGCUGCGCAGGUUGGUGAUGGAAGGCUGUUUAAAAUGGAUGUUGACUAUGCAAGUCAGGUUGACGAAGCCAUCCCGAAGGCGAAUGCAAUUGCUGCGAAAGGAGAUGUAGCCGGCGCUCUGGACUCCUUAGCAAAUUUGGAGAAACUGUCCCGACUAGGAUCGGAUAUGAAAAGCAACACAAGGAUAGUGCAGCAUAUGGUCAAAUUAUGCUUUGAUGGGAAGAAAUGGGAUCUUUUGAAUGAUACGAUUCUUACGCUAUCGAAGAAACGGUUGAUUAUCAAGAUGGCUAUUGCUAAGAUGGUUCGCGAUGCUUGUGAAAUGGUUGAGAAGAUGCCGAAUGAAGAGGUGAAGAUGAAACUGGUCGACACUCUACGUACUGUUACUGCCGGAAAGAUAUACGUCGAAGUGGAAAGAGCACGCUUAACUUCGCUAGUAGUAAAGAAACUAGAGGCAGAAGGUAAACUUGAAGAGGCCACGAAUUUGAUUCUGGAGCUGCAGGUGGAAACAUAUGGAUCUAUGGAGAUUAAAGAAAAGGUAGAAUUCCUUCUGGAACAGAUGAGGUUUACUGUAGCUCGAGCGGACUACAUUAGGGCAUCCAUAAUUUCGAACAAAAUCAGCACCAAGUUCUUUAACAGCGACAAAGAAGAUGUUCAAGAUUUGAAACUCCGGUUCUAUAAUUUAAUGAUAACGAUUGGAUUGCAAGAUUCGAAGUAUCUAGAAGUUUGUAGACAUUACAGAGCUAUUUUUGACACACCAAAGAUUGCAGCGGAUACUGAGAAGUCUCGUAUGGUAUUGAAAUGUGCUGUUAUGUACUGUUUGUUAGCUCCUCAUACGAACGAACAGUGGGAUUUGCUAAACCGUAUUGCAAUAAUGAGAGAGAUGGAGCUCGUUCCAGAAUAUAAGGCUCUAGUGGAACUCUUCAUCAAUCAAGAGUUGAUCUCAUGGAAGAAUGUUAUUGUACGACAUUACGAAAAAACUUUGAAGAAGAUUCCUGGAACAGGAAUUUUUGAUGGAAAGGAUGGUGAAAAACGAUGGAAGGAUUUUCACAUGAGAGUUGGAGAACACAAUAUGAGAAUGAUCUCCAAGUACUACACGCAGAUCACUUUUGAUCGUUUGGCAGAAUUAUUGGAUUUCCCUCUAAACGAUAUGGAGUCAUUUCUAUGCAAUCUAAUUGUUACCGGUGCAAUCACAGACGCAAAAAUUCAUCGACCUUCUCGUGUCGUGAACCUCAGAGCUCGAAAAGCAAACCUAGAGCAGUUGGAUCAAUGGGCAAGCAACGUACACAAGCUCACAGAGACACUGAAUAAAGUCUCACAUCUCAUACUGAAAGAACAGAUGGUGCACCGAAAUCUGGAUGCUAUGCAGGUGAACUAA